AUGAAUAACCAAAGCGAUAAUCGUAGUGGUUAUAUUGAUAAUGAUGAGACAGAGGAUUUAGAAAUUUGCGAUAUGGAUUUAGAAAAAUUUUUUUUUUUGGAAGACAACGAUAAAAUAGAUGAAGAUAUGGAAUUGGAAAGUCAUAAAGAUUGA